AUGCCCAUCGUGUACAAGCCCACGGCGCUCACGGUCGACCCGAACAAUCCGUUCCCGCUGUUCUCGAUCGACGUCAGCGCCGACGGCAAGCGCCUCGUCGUUGGCGGCGAGGAUGGCAAGGCCAGGGUCUGGGCGCUCGCUUCCGUGAUCUGCGAGGGCGAGCCACCGCGGCUGCUCGCCACCCUCUCGGACCACGGCGGCAGCGUCGAGUGCGUGCGCUUCUCCCCGAAGGGCAACUACCUGCUCUCCUGCAGCAACGACAGGACUUCCUUCAUCUACGAGCUCAGACCUGGGCAGGGCCGCGCGACGCUCGGCGGCGCGCCCAACCUCGACAACUGGGUCGUGCUGCACGCCCUGCACGGCCACACGGGCGACGUCAUGGACGGCGCCUGGAGCCCCGACGGCGCGCUGGUCGCGACGUGCAGCAUCGACAACAGCAUCAUCGUCUACGAGGCGUCCACGGGGCGCCAGGUCGCGAUCCUGGCGGGCGCGCAAGGCCACCAGGGCCACGCCAAAGGGUUGGCGUGGGAUCCCCUGGGGCGCUAUCUGGUGUCGCAGGGCGGGGACGGGAAGGCGAUUGUGUGGGACGCGGAGUCGUGGAGCGUGGACGGCGUGGUGGAGUCGCCGUUCGCGGGGACGGGGGCGUCGGGGAGCUGUGCCAGGCUGCGGCCAUCGUGGGCGACGGACGGGUCGGCGCUGGCGCUGGUGGGCGCGGCGAGCCACGGGAAGCACACGGUGGCGAUGAUCACCCGGAAGGGCACGAAGGAUUCUGUCGGGGAGACGCAUGAUACUUGGCAUCUCGACUGCCAUAUCAGAGGGCACAAGCGGGAGAUCCAGAUUGCGUCGUUCGGCCCGCGCAUGGUCUGGAACACCGAGGGGGCCGACCCCGACGAGCCCAAGACGGUGUGGGCGCAGGGCUCCAACGAGAGGACGGUCACCGUGUGGUGCUCGGCGAGCGAGCAACCCGUCGCGUGCAUCAAGAAGAUGUUCCGCCAGCCCCUGUCGGACUUCGCCUGGGCCCCCGACGGCCUCACGCUGCUGAUGACGUCCAUCGACGGCACCGUCGGCGCGGUCACGUUCGAGGAAGCGGAGCUCGGGCGGCCGCUGUCGGAGGCGCAGUGGCAGCGGCACAUGGUCGAGCGGUACGGCAAGUCGUUCGGCGCGGUGCGCGGGGCGCCGGUCGCUGAGGCGGCCGAGCUUGACGCGGUGUUGGAGCAGCCGCGCGCGAACGGCGGGGGCACGCCGGGGGCGCCGGUGGCGCGCCGCGCCGACGCCGGCCGGGCCGUCUGCGGCCGCGCAGGCGAAGAGCCCGCCCGUGAGCUCGCGGCUCGCGCAGCGGAUCGGCACGGCGGUGCCGCAGUGGCGGCCGAGCAUGACCGGGGCGGUCAAGUACGUUCCGUGCGGGGUUUGCGGCAACAAAGCCGCGCGCGGCACGCCGCCGCAGCCGCCUCCGGGCGAGCCGCAGCCCGGCGGGCGGCCGUACGGCUCCUUCUGGACGUUGCGUGCACCCGCGCCGCCGCAGACGCUCGAGGCACGCGUGCGCGGCGGCGACGGCGACGGCGACGGCGACGUCAUGUGCGUGACGAACCGGGGGAACGCGGACGCGGGUGCGGCGGACGUCGAGGUGAAGGCGGGACCCGGGGGCGCGCGGAGGUGGAGCGAUCGGCUGCCGUCUCGCGCGGUGCUGGCGGUCGCGACGCCGCGGUUCGCGGCCGUCGCGUGCGAGAACUCGCGCGUGUACGUCUUCACGCCUGGCGGCCGGCGAGCGCUGCCGCCCCUGCACCUCGGCAUGCCUGCGUGCUACAUGCACACAGAUGGGGACUGGGCUCUGAUGGUUGCGUCAGCAGGGUGCCAGGUGGCAGUGUAUGA